GGGCCACAACCUGGUCAUUCCUGUCCCUGUUCUCUCCUCCAGGGCUCCGUCUCUCUGCCUCUCACUCCUGCCAUGUCGUGCCGCUCCUUACAGAUGGGCUCCAGGUGUGGCAGUCGGAGUUUCAGCUCAUGGUCCGCUGUCAUGCCCCGGGUGGUCACCCACUGUGAAGUAAACAAGGGGCCGUGCUGGCCUAGCAGUGGCGGGGGGCUCCGAGUCCUGGGCUGCCUUGGUUCCCGGAGCCUGUGCAAUGUGGGCUUCGGCAGGCCUCGGGUGGCCUCUAGGUGUAGUGGGCCUGGCUUCGGGUAUCGAGCAGGGGCCACCUGUGGACCGUCUGCUUGCAUCACCCCUGUCACCAUUAACGAGAGUCUUCUAGUCCCACUGACCCUGGAGAUUGACCCAACGGUACAGAGGGUGAAAAGGGAUGAGAAGGAGCAGAUCAAGUGCCUCAACAACCGCUUUGCAUCCUUCAUCAACAAGGUGCGGUUUCUGGAGCAGAAGAACAAGCUGCUAGAGACCAAGUGGAACUUCAUGCAGCAGCAGAGGUGCUGCCAGAGCAACAUGGAGCCCCUCUUUGAGAGCUACAUCUGCACCCUGCGGAGGGAGCUGGAAUGCAUGUCCGGAGAGCAUGCGAGGCUGGAGGCAGAGCUCAGCAGUGUCCAGGAUACGCUGGAGGGCUACAAGAAAAAGUACGAAGAAGAGCUCUCCCUGCGCCCCUGUGCUGAGAAUGAGUUUGUCGCCCUGAAGAAGGAUGUGGACACAGCCUUCUUGGUGAAAGCUGACCUGGAGACCAACGUGGAGGCUCUCGAGCUGGAAAUAAACUUCCUGAAAAACUUGUUUGAAGAGGAGAUUGCAAUGUUGCAGUCUCAGAUCUCUGAAACAUCAGUCAUCGUGCAGAUGGACAACAGCCGGGAUCUGGACAUGGAUGACAUCAUCGCUGAGAUCAAGAUGUACUACGAGGAAAUCUCCAGACGCAGCAAAGCCGAAAUGGAGGCCUGGUACCGGCGCCGGUUCGAGGAGCUGAGGAUGACAGCUGGAAACCACAGCGACAACCUCCGCAGCCGCAAGAAUGAGAUCCUGGAAAUGAACAAGCUGAUCCAGCAGCUGCAGCAAGACACUGAGACAGUGAAGGCCCAGCGCUGCAAACUCGAGGGGACCAUUGCUGAGGCGGAGCAGCAGGGUGAGGCGGCCCUCAACGAUGCCAAGUGCAAGCUGGCAGGGCUGGAGGAGGCCCUUCAGAAGGCCAAGCAGGACAUGGCCUGCCUGCUCAAGGAGUACCAGAAGGUGAUGAACUCCAAGCUGGGCCUGGACAUCGAGAUCGCCACCUACAGACGCCUGCUGGAGGGCGAGGAGCACAGGCUGUGUGAAGGCAUUGGGCCCGUGAACAUCUCCGUGAGCAGUUCCAAAGGUGCCAUCCUAUACGAGCCAUGUGUGGUCAGCACGCCUAUGCUGAGGCCCGAGUACUGCACAGGGAGCACCGGCAUCCUGAGGAGCAGUGGGGGCUGCAGCGUGGUGACCACUGGUGAACUCUACAUCCCCUGCGAGCCCCAGGGGCUUGUGGGUUGUGGAAACAGGAGGACCUCCAGCAUGAAGCUGGGGGCUGGAGGCAGCUCCUGUGGCCACUAGUGUUAGCACUGACCCAAAGGCUGGUAAUUCAGGGGACAAUUCCUGGGUGUCACUAUUUCGAAAGCCCACCUUCCCAUACUGACUCCAGAUUCCCCUGAGAUUUCCACUGGGAAAUCAUGUAACUGGGUGAAGACCCCAAAGGAGGCCCUGGGAUAGGGUGGGAUACAGAGAAAGAGGAUGCACUACUUCUGGUGGGCGUCAGCCCUACCAUGGCCAAGAGAAUGAGCAGGCUGAGUGGACACAUCACAAUUCAGCUUUGCAGGAGGUCCCUGGCAGUUUCCCACAAAGCCAGCCAUUCCUUCCCACCCCACCGCAGCUCCCCACCUCUCUUCCCUCUGGUUCUCCUGCACCCAAGAAAAGUGAACUUCUUUUAGCUCCCAACCCCCUGGAGACAUGCUCUAUUGCAAAUACAAACAUCUCCCAAAUACCACCCUGAUUUCCAAAAGUAAAAGUUUCAGGAUCACUCAGGAUCUGAUAGUGUCCUACUGGCACGAAACUCAAGAGGUGUCCUUAAGACAA